AUGAGUUCCAAGGAAGAUAUCUACCGUGAGAACGAUCGUGACUCAGAGUCUGUCCAUGAGGGAGAGUACGAUGGUCUGGUCUCAGGGACUCCUCGUCGUCCCAUCGUGGAUCGCAAGUUCUCCAAGGCCUCGAAGCUUGUUUCAGGUUUUUUGAUUAUCUCGGUUCUGUUAAACGUGGCCCAGCUCUUCCUCUUUGUGGUCUGUAAACCAAAGUUCUAUUCACAGUAUGCACAUCUCCCCGAGAACGAACUCGAAAUCCCAUUUCACUACGCAACGGAAUACAGUGAUGAUCAACAUACGCAUGAAGAAAAAGACGCCUUGUGGAAUGCCAUUGAUAUCAGUGAGGGAUUUGUCGCCAUCACUCACGAGGAAGCAGACAAGCUUGGUCUACCGCGUUCCAAGGUCUUUCCAUGGGACGCUAAUAAGGGCAUGUAUGUCAGUCAUGGACACCACGCCCUUCACUGCACAGUUCUUCUCCAUGCAUUCACCUACGACGCUCAUAUAGGAAAGAAACCAAAAGUCUCGUAUCACCAUAUAGAACAUUGCCUUGACCUUCUGCGCCAGGAUAUUAUGUGCCGAGCCGACGACUUGAUGGAUUUCACCAAAGACCACGGUGAUGAAUUCUUAACUGGUGAAGGACAAGUACGCAAAUGCCGGGACUGGAACAAAUUGUCGAAAUGGGUGCAAGAGCGGACAGCCUGUUACAAAACCAUCAACAUCACACGGGCUGGUGAAGACCAUGGAGUGGCUCAUCAACUAGACCGAUAUACAUACUGCCCUCCUGGAAGUCCCUAUGAGCCUCUCAUUCGAGCUUUCAAGGACCUUGGCCGUGUAAAUCCCGGGAACCUUGAUGAAAAUUCUAUAGAAAAGUUGAGUCCUGAGGAACUGAAAGCAGAUGCCGAGGCUGUAGCGGAACACAACAACGCCAUAUUGAAUGCAGAAAACAAUAAGACCAAUGAAUAG